AUGGUGUGUGCACAUUCAGUUGUUUUCCUGUUUUUCGAACUCUGCCAAAGUUAUUUUCCCCAGUGUUUUUUUCAUCAAGCCUGACCUUUCUUCGUGAGUUUAUGCUUUACUUUUUCUCGGACAUCCUGCUCGAAUGUUCAGUAAACAGUGCCAGAAACUUAGAUUAACUCGCUGCCGGAAAAUCAGUUUUCGUUUGUUCUUUCUCUUGAGAUCUUCCCAGCAAUGCUUCUGUGGCCACUACUUUAAAAAAGAUUUGUUACAGUUGUUAUCUUAUAUUACUUGCGUUUUAGGCUUGCAAUGUUUAUGAAUUUCCUAUCGAAAGCUUCCGACGCGAUUUUCCCGCAGGUUAGUACCCUUUAUCUCCAAUUAUUCACAUUUCUUUGUGCGGAUGACGUAUGACGCGAAUUUGUUUCUCUGUCGAAUUGUCAUCUUCUUAGUAUCAGAGACCACAAAUAAUAGAGUCGAGACUACACAAGUUGGCGGUCGAGAGAACGACAGAGAAGGAGUGUACCGGCAUUUCACCGCCCCUCUCAUCUUUCUAUUGCCACUCGCGAUCUACUCCCCCUGUUUACCAUUCCGUCUCGUUUUAACCGUAAAUGCGUGUUCCCACUCUGAUUCCAAUUGUUGACGUGAAACUCAGAUCUUGUUGCAUAAGGAAAUGUGAUUUUUCAGGUGGAAGCUGCUCAAAAAAUGUCGAACCGCGCCGUCGCUGUCCUUCGAGGAGAUGUCGUCACCGGAACCAUCUGGAUUACCCAGGUACUCCCAUUUUCUCUUUGGUAUCUGCAAUGUCAAUCUUCAGAAUUCCGAGAGUGACCCGGCUGUGAUCUCCGGAGAGAUCAAGGGUCUUACCCCAGGUCUCCACGGAUUCCACGUCCACCAAUUCGGAGACUCGACCAACGGAUGCAUCUCGGCUGGACCACAUUUCAACCCGUUCGGAAAGACUCAUGGAGGACCAAACGUUGGAGAAGAGAAAAAAACAAUUGAAAUUUCACAAUUAAUUUCAGUCAGAAGUCCGCCACGUCGGAGACCUCGGUAACGUCGAAGCCGGAGCCGAUGGAGUUGCCAAGAUUAACAUCACCGACAAGCUCAUUACUCUGUACGGAGCCAACACCGUCAUCGGACGUUCCAUGGUUGUUCACGCUGGACAAGACGAUCUCGGUGAGCCCGAUUACUACCAAGAAACCCUAAUGUCCUUUAAUCAGAAACGUUAUACAAUCCUUUUAGGCACUGGAGUCGGCGACAAGGCCGAGGAGUCGAAGAAGACAGGAAAUGCUGGUGCGCGUGCUGCCUGCGGAGUCAUCGCUCUGGCCGCUCCGCAGUGA